AUGGAUGCUAAGACAAAGGAUGGUCUUAAUGCUAGGCUUGACUUGGAGGAACUUGGACUUCGGCCAGAAUUACAUCCACAAUUAGAUGACAAAGGAAACAAAGUAUUGCCUGAUGCACCCUUUACCAUGUCUAGAGAACAAAAGGAGAUUCUUUGUUCUGUUGUUCAGAAUCUUAGAACACCUGACAGUUAUGUAUCAAAGAUUUCCAGGUGUGUAAAUGUUAAGGAAUGCAAACUGAGUGGCCUCAAAAGUCAUGAUUGCCAUGUAUUGAUUGAGGAAAUUCUUCCAGUAGCUCUACGUUCUUGUUAUCCCAGCAAAGAUGUUAUGAAAAUAGUUGUAGAACUAGCUGCUUUCUUCAAAAAGUUGUGCUCCAAAGUUUUAGAUAUAUCUGAACUUGACAAACUCCAGGAGCAAAUUGUUUUGACACUAUGCAACAUGGAAAGUGUUUUCCUUCCAUCAUUUUUUACUAUUAUGGUACAUCUACUUGUACACUUGGUGGAGGAGGCUAAGUUUGGUGGUCCAGUACAUUAUAGGUGGAUGUACCCUAUGGAAAGACUAUUCGUUCGAUUGAAGGCGCUUGUUCGCAAUAGAGCACGUCCUGAAGGUUGCAUUGCUGAAGGGCAUAAAGCAGAAGAGUGCUUGACAUUUUGUUCAAGAUUCCUUGAUGGAACUACACGUUUUACACGACCAUCUCGAAAUCCUGAUCCAUCAGAUAAGGCAAAAGACAUGUACUUAUUCGAGAGUGCUAGCCAACCCAUAGGGAAAGCUAUUAUUGUAUAUCAAUUUGACAACAACUUGCUCAUUCAAGUGCACAGAUACAUAUUGAGACAUUGUGAUGAACUAGAAGAAUUUCGCAGGGAGUUUGUGGAGUCAAUGAGAAAUCAGCAUCACCAAGCAGAUCUCACACCUUCCUAUAUUCAGGAGUUCAUUGAUAAACAUUUUGCAGAUUGGCUCGAACAGAAGGUACUGCAUAGUGAUGAUUCAAGCAUCAAUGAAAGUAUACGAGUAUUGGCUAGAAAACCGAACAAAUGUGGGGUGCGCUACAAUGGCUUUGUUAUCAAUGGUUUUAGAUUUCAUACAAGAAGCCGUGAGAGUAAACGCUUGACACAAAACAGCGGUGUAGUAAACAUUUCAAACGACGGCACAAAUUAUUAUGGAAGACUAACUGACAUCAUAGAAUUAUCAUAUAAAGGUAACUACAAGGUGGUUCUCUUCAAAUGUGACUGGUAUGAUGUUCAUCAUCGCAGUGGCAUUAAACAUGAUGAGUUUGGAUUCACUCUAGUAAAUUUCAAUCGAUUGAUACACACCGGAGACAAGAUAGAGCAUGAUCCCUUUGUUUUCUCUUCACAAGUCUCCCAAGUGUUUUAUGUGGAAGAUCCAAAAGUAGAAGGAUGGAAUGUUGUAGUAACUGUUAGGCCAAGGGAUCUAUUUGACAUGGGUGCAGAACCGUUGGUUGGUAACGAGGACAAUGCAACGUAG